AUGGAUCCUGAGGCACCAUCAAACCAAUGGCGCUUCGCCCAGUGUUUUGGAGACAAGGGCGAAGUUGAGGACAUCACAGAGGAGGAGUGCUCUACAGCGUCUGCUCACCAGUCGCUGACAACAAACACAGCCGACAUCAUCUCCACUGUCGAGUUUGACCACACCGGCGAUUACCUAGCCACCGGCGACAAGGGUGGUCGCGUGGUCCUUUUCGAGCGCAACGAGCAGAAAAAGGGCUGCGAGUACAAAUUUUACACCGAGUUUCAGUCCCACGAGCCCGAGUUUGACUACCUCAAGUCCCUGGAGAUUGAGGAAAAGAUCAACAGGAUCAGGUGGUGCAAGCGCCAGAACGCGGCUCAUUUCCUUCUGAGCACCAACGACAAGACGAUCAAGCUUUGGAAAGUCUUUGACAAGCAGAUCAAGGUCGUUUCCGAAAACAACCACACCGAGGGCUACACUGCCAACACGGGUGCCAUUGCUGCACAGGCUCUCCGCCUUCCUCGCAUGACCACCCACGACUCGAUCACUGCUGCUGUUCCUCGAAAGGUCUACGCCAAUGCCCAUGCCUACCACAUCAACUCCAUCUCGGUCAACUCGGAUGGAGAGACCUACAUCUCUGCCGAUGACCUGCGCAUCAACCUCUGGAACCUGAACAUCAGCGACCAAAGCUUCAACAUUGUUGACAUCAAGCCUGUCAACAUGGAGGAGCUUACUGAGGUCAUUACAGCUGCCGAGUUCCACCCUGUGCACUGCAACUUGUUCAUGUACUCUAGCUCCAAGGGCACCAUCAAACUUGCGGACAUGCGCGAGGCUGCCCUUUGCGACCAGCACGCUAAGCUGUACGAGGAGGAGGAGGAUCCGUCACAGAAAUCGUUCUUCUCCGAGAUCAUCUCGUCUAUUUCGGACGUCAAGUUCUCGCGGGACGGCCGUUACAUUCUCUCGCGAGACUACUUGACGCUCAAGAUCUGGGACAUGAACAUGGAGAACAAGCCCGUCAAGACUAUCAACAUUCACGACCACCUGCGCCAAAAGUUGUGUGACCUUUACGAGAACGACUGCAUCUUUGACAAGUUUGAGUGCACAUUCAGCGGUGACGGCAGCCAAGUGAUGACCGGCUCGUACCACAACUACUUCCGCAUCUACGAUGUCAACACGGACAACGACGUUGUCCUGCAGGCCGACAAGUCGGCGUUCAAGGCCAAGAAGAUUGGAGGUGCACGUGGCAAGGUUCCUGGCAAGAAGGAAGGACUCCAGACCGAGGGCAUCGACUUUGCAAAGAAGAUUCUCCACGGCAGCUGGCACCCUCGGGAAAACACUAUUGCCAUUGCCGCCACCAACAACUUGUUCCUCUACUCCACCCUCUCAUAA